AUGAGUAUAACAAGUGAGGAACUCAACUAUUUGAUUUGGAGAUAUUGUCAAGAGAUGGGGCAUGAGGUGAGUGCAUUGGCAUUGCAGGACGAAACAAGAGUAUUGGAGUUUGAUGAGAGGUAUAAAGAGCACAUUCCUUUAGGUACACUGGUAAAUCUAGUACAAAGAGGGAUCCUGUAUACAGAGAGCGAGUUAAUGGUUGAUAGUAAAGGUGAUAUCAGCUCUUUAGAUGAACAUCACCUUUCUGAAGACUUCAAUUUGGUUCAGGCGUUGCAAGUAGAUAAAGAAAAAUUCCCUGAAAUCUCUUCUGAAGGAAGGUUUGCCUUGGAAACCAACUCCGAGAAUAAUAAACCGGCCGAGGAUGGCACUAGUGCUGCUGAAAGAACAAGCAAUGAGGACGAUACUGCUUCUAUCGGCACUAAUGAUAACUUAGACGGAUUUGUCAAAACACUGAGGGAGAUAGUAAAAUUAGAUAAUAUCGUUUCCUCCACUUGGAAUCCACUGGAUGAAUCUAUACUUGCAUACGGUGAAAAGGAUUCCGUUGCAAAAUUAGCCAAGAUAAAAGAAACUCAUCGAGAAGAAGAAAAACACUGGGAACUCAUAGUAAUAGCAGAAUUGAGACAUCCUUUUGCCCUAAGUGCAAGCAGUGGUAAAACAACAAAUCAAGUUACAUGUCUUGCUUGGUCAUACGACGGUAAUUCAAUCGUAACAGGCGUAGAAAAUGGUGAGUUAAGAUUAUGGAACAAGGCAGGUGCACUUCAGAACGUUUUGAAUUUUCAUAGAGCACCCAUAGUAUCCGUCAAAUGGAACAAAGAUGGAACACAUUUCAUUUCCAUGGACGUAGAAAACGUCACAAUACUCUGGAAUGUUUUAAGCGGGACCGUUAUGCAGCACUUUGAAUUGAGAGAAAACGGCAGUUCUUCUACUAACGCAGACAACAAUAGUGGUGAAGAUUCACUUGGUGUCGAUGUUGAAUGGGUAGAUGAUGACAAAUUUGUCAUUCCUGGUCCCAAAGGUACUAUAUUCGUAUAUCAAAUUACAGAAAAGACACCUAUUGGUAAGCUUAUUGGACAUCAGGGGCCUAUCAGCGUUUUGGAGUUCAAUGACAGCAAUAAGCUCUUACUUAGUGCCUCGGACGAUGGUACUCUAAGAAUAUGGCAUGGUGGUAAUGGCAAUUCCCAGAAUUGCUUCUAUGGACAUUCACAGAGCAUAGUAUCCGCAUCAUGGGUUGGUGAUGACAGGGUAAUAUCAUGUUCGAUGGAUGGCUCCGUUCGCUUAUGGUCGUUGAAGGAAAAUAUGCUAUUGGCUCUAUCGAUCGUGGAUGGUGUCCCCAUUUUUGUUGGAAGAAUAUCACAAGAUGGAGAAAAAUAUGCAGUUGCCUUCAUGGACGGACAAGUAAACGUCUACGAUUUGAAAAAGCUGAACAGCAAGUCACAAAACUUUAUGCAGCAACCAUCGUACAAUGGUAACAGUAAUGGUAUUUCGAUUCCAAUACCCAUUCCUCUCUACGCUAGCUACCAAAGUAGCGAAGACAACGAUUACAUAUUUGACCUGUCAUGGAACCGUGCAGGAGACAAGAUUUCUGUAGCAUACUCGCUUCAAGAGGGUUCAGUUGUAGCCAUAUAA